GGUCGGGUUAACUUUGCUCCUUCUCCAAGUUCCAAGGCACGGUGAGGGGAAGUGUGCAAGGUCACACCUCCCGUCAAUUUGACCACACUUACGCUCGGCGUAUUCCUUCCAAAUCGAUGACAGAUUUUGAAGAUGUUGCGGAUCCUAAUCAAAGUCGGACAGCUGCAAGACACCAAAUUGUAGCUGAAGCACCCAACGGAAAAGUCUCUCACUGUGGAAGCCGUGUGGUGCCAAGUAGUUUCACAAAGCAGAAGAACAAUAAUACUGCCUCCGCCAGUGAGUCCGGAGUCCCGAGAAGGGUCAGUGGCUUCUGCAACGGCAUCGGCUCCUCGCCUCCGCCUGGCCGACCUCUCGGCCCCCGACUGUCCCGGAGUCCGUCCUCCCGCCAGUAUAAAUGUGCAGUGUUCCAGUGUGAUACUAAUGCCCGAAAGAUGCCGGGUGUCGUGUGGCAUUCUUUUCCCGAAGACGAGUAUUUGAGGUGUGAGUGGAUUGCCAGGUGCAAACGUGCAGGCAGAGUGAACGUGAAAGGUGGGAGAGUCUGCUCGCUUCAUUUUCGGCCGGAGGACUACGUACGAGCUUUGAGAAACGAACUUCUCAGAUUACCCUCGAGAAAGAAAUUAGUACCGACUGCAAUUCCCAGCCUGAACAUUCCGAGUUGGAAUGAAGGUGAAAUUACAAAGCGCAAGAAUCAGAGAAAGAUUUCCGAAAGAUGGAAGUCGGAAAGCUCUGUGGCAGAAUGCCGUGAGGAGGAAGAAUUGGCUUGCGUCUAAAUGGAGCACUAUAUGUUCUCAGCAUUUUCGAGAAGAGGACAUUGACCGAACUUCCCUUUCAACAGUAAGGCUUCGAGAAAAUGCUGUACCAUCAGUUUUCCCUACACACCCAAAACAUUUGCAAAAGAAAGGAGGACGGAUCAGAAAGAAGCUACGUCAGCGUGAUGACGAUGACAACAACAUGGACACUGCUGCACACCAAAUACCAGUGAACCAUCAGGAUGUGGUCAUAAAAAACGAAGUUGUUGUGAAGCGAGAAGUAGAGUCUGAUCCUGACGACGUGUUGGGCGCGGACAGAAAACAGGAUUUUGAGUAUGUGGCAGUCGAGGAACAAUUAGAAGACCCUGACGAACCCACGCGUUCAGCAACUGAAGAGUCAUGUGAACAAAUGGGUCAUGAUCAGGAACUGCCAGUUAUCAUCAAAGAAGAAAUUGACUGUGACGAUUACAUCGAUCCGUUCGGCAUUUCGGGAGAGUCAUGUGAACAAAUGGGUCAUGAUCAGGAACUGCCAGUUAUCAUCAAAGAAGAAAUUGACUGUGACGAUUACAUCGAUCCAUUCAGCGUUUCAAAGAGGUGAACUGGCAGUAGGGAGUGAUAGCCUGUCUACCACAAGAUGGAUGAACUGAACAAGGUAGAAGAGACAGGCAACAAACGGUUCUGCAGCUAUACGAAGAAGACGGCUCACCGUGACGUGAAGACAGGUAGCAGUGACAGUCCAGACGACGACACGUACUGUUGCCGAGUGUCUGCACCAGAAUGUCGUGAGUCACAAAAAUAUGAAACUCGGACAUUACACUCUGGAGAUGGAAAGCAUGUUUGUAACGUGUAGGAAGUACAGUUUUGGUUGUCCUGGAUCCUACACUGCUUCGAUCGUAAUGGGGCACGUACAGUGUUACACGCGUCUGAGGUUACGUGCAGAAUGCCAUUUGUAUUGUGAGAAAUCAAUACGCAGUUGGCUACAGAAGGCUGCAGUGUCGGAGUCGGGUUGUUGGCGUACAGUGUGGGACGGCGCCUGCUCGUGCGAGACGUGUGAGAUGGCAUUUGGAUUGUCUUUAAUCGUGUGACACUCUGUACUAAAUUCAGAGAGCUCUUUUGUAUGUGCUAGAAAAGAAUCCACACACUGUGUGUGACAAGAUUUUUGUUGUGGUUUGUAAUACACAGUACCACUUGCGUAGUAAGAUUUGUUAGAGACCAAUUUCUGCUGUGGAGCUUCUGUUUUUUGAGUGUAAUGUGACAGAAUAAAAGCUGAGGUUAGUGACACUAAUGUACAAAGAAUUAAAUUCUACUACACAAGUGGCAUUGUGAAUUGCAUACCGUUCUCUGACCACUUGGUGUUGCUCUGUGCAACUGUGGCAAAUAUUACCAAACUGUUGCUUGCACCUGGUUGAAUGAUUUUACUUAUGUGAAGAGACGGGAUAUUUAUGGUAACUGUAUUGCUGUAUGAGAAGAGUGUAAGCUUCUGAAGACUAUAAGGACUAACUUUAGCUCUGUUAUUGUGUUUCUUAAAUGUGUUAUAUUAUUAAGUAUUUAUUUUUUACUAAUCAAAUGCAGUUUUUGGCAAUUCAGAAUUUAGUUUUGGAAUGAAAUGGAGCAGAUUGUGUGCUUGGUCAAAUUUGCUGGGCUCAAUCCAGUCUUUGUGUUCCCCCUAAAGUUUUUACCUUUGUAGCUCCCUCUACUACCAUAGAAGGUAUUUGCCAAUGUCUUUACUUAACUUGUUGAAAGACAAAAUUUUGCCAAGGUUAGAGC